CCAGCGUCGGCGGACCAGACGGCUGCGAAGCGGCGCACGCCGUCGCCGGAGAGGCCCGAGUCGGCGUCCAAACGGCCGCGCUCGGACGGCAUUGCCCAGAUCGAGCCGGAGGCCGGCUCCGCACACAAGGGCAAGAAAACCUGGCUGAGCCGGCUGACGAGUGCCGAGGAGGCGGACGGCGGCGCCGGUGAGCCGGCCCACUCGCCCUCGGCGCAGGGGCGGCACGAAGACAGUGCCACGGAUCGUGAGCCGCUGCCCGGCGCUGGCGUCGAACAACGAAAUGGUCAGAACGGCUCCGCGCCCCACGCGGACUCCGCUGAGGAAAAGCCCGGCGACACCGAGGCAGAGCACAGCGAUACCGGGGCCAAACGGAUCAGCACGGACGAAAAACAGGACGGGCGCUGAGGCGCAGCGAGCGGGCAGCAAGGCGGCACGACAGGCGAAGAAGAGGAAGCGGGGCCGGCCACCGAAGGACUCGUCCACCGGCCCACAGCUGAAGCGUCUGCCGUACAGGGUGCUGAAGAAGACGGGCCAGAGCUUCCCGCAGGACCGCUACUGCUGUGAGGACGUGACAUCGCGGCUGCCCAAGUGCCGCGAGUGCCGCGCGGUGCCCGCGCAGCGGCACAAGACGCAGAGCGGCAUCAACUGCCGCUUCACCGCCUUCCGACUGGUUCGCUUCACGCGCAACGGCCGGCUGAACGUGUCCGGCUUCUGCGAGCCGUCGCGGGACGCGUGCGGCGAGAGCGAGCGGCUGUGGCGCGCCGCGCUGGACGGCCGGCCGGCCGGCAUGCAGCCCGAGGAGGCCAAGUUCCUGCUGGCGCACGUCGGCAACCAGUUCUGCGACCUGGUGCGCGACGAGGAGGCGGCGCGCCUCGGCCACCGGGGCGACGACGACACGGUCGCCUGGAAGCGGGUCGUGCAGGGCUUCCGCGAGAUGUGCGACGUGUGCGAUACGACGCUGUUCAACGUGCACUGGGUGUGCUCGCGCUGCGGCUUCGCCGUGUGCGUCGACUGUUACCGCAGCCGUAGCGAGGGCACGGCCAAGGUGUGGGGCGAGCCGGGCGCGGAUCGCGACAAGUCCGGCUGGCUGCUGUGCGGCGUGCGCCAGCACGAGCAGAGCAAGCUGAUGCUGACGCAGAUCGUGACCAGCGACGCGCUGGCCACGCUCAACCGCCAGGUGCAUGAGGCGCGUCUGCUGGCCGGCCUGCCACUCAGCUGCCAGUGCGAUGAGGCGCGCCGGCUGCAGCAGGCCGGCGUGGCCGACGGCGACGCGCCGGGCGCCCCUGCGUCGGCUGACAGCGCGCCGAAACUGGAACCUGGCGCCCUCAAGCUGGAGGGAGGUGGCAAGGUGAAGCUAGAGGAAGGUGCCGGGGCGAAGCUGGAGGGAGAUGGCAUGGUGAAGCUGGAGGGGAACGGCAGGGUGAAGCUGGAGGAGGACGGUCUGGACUGCGCGCGGGGGCAGGAUAACCAGGCCGGCUCCCCGCUCGCCUUCCUGGCCGACGUGGCGCUGUCCGGCUCUAAGAUCAACUCCGACGAGUACAACAGCGACAACAGCGAUAGCGACUCGGAGGAGGAGGCGGGCGGCGGCGGCUCGUCCGCGCUACGGAGACUGCUGGUGCCGGACGCCCAGCCCGAGGAGCCUAAACUGAAGGCCGCCAAGAAGCAGGAGAAGCCCCGGCGCAGCGGAUGGUCCAUGGAGGACACGUUGGAUGAGGUGCUGGACAAGGUGUCGGCGCGCUACGCGGCUGCCCGGCCGGCCGGGCCGUCGGCCGGCGCGCCAGAGCUGCGCCACUUCGUGCGCCGCUGCGCCAGCAAGCGCGGCCUGCGCGAACGGCUGCCGAUCCGGAUCAUGACGCUUAGCGAGUCGACGCGACUGUACCCGGCCGUGCGCCACUCGUGGCUCUGCGACGGCAAGCUGCUGCGCCUGCACGACACGACCGCGCCGGACGGCGUGCGCCUCUUCCGCGACCAGUGGAAGCGCGGCCAGCCGGUGCUCUGCUCGGGCAUCGGCGGCGGCCUGGACCGCUCCAUCUGGUCGGUGGACGCCUUCAUCCGCGACUUCGGCGACGUGCGUAACGACCUCAUUAACUGCAAGACGGGCAACAUCGUGCCCAACCAGCCGAUGCGCCGCUUUUGGGAGGGCUUCGAGUGCGUGUCGCGCCGGCUGCGCGACGACAAGGGUCAGCCGAUGAUCCUCAAGCUGAAGGACUGGCCGCCGGGUGACGACUUCGCGGACAUGAUGCCGGACCGCUUCAGCGACCUGAUGUCGGUGCUGCCGAUGACAGACUACACGCGCCGCGACGGCCGACUCAACCUGGCCUCGUGCCUGCCCGACUGCUUCGUGCGGCCCGACCUGGGGCCCAAGAUGUACAUCGCGUACGGCUGCGCGCUUCACCCGAGCAAGGCGUCCACCAACCUGCACCUGGACGUGUCGGACGCCGUCAACAUCAUGGUGCACGUGGGCAUCCCGCCGGACGGCGACGCCGACAACGCCGAGGCGCUGCGCGCCAUCGACGAGGCCGGCUGUGACCAGCUGACCAAGCGGCGGGUGAAGGACGAGCUGCCGGGGGCCCUGUGGCACAUCUACCACGCGGCCGACGCCGACAAGAUCCGUGACCUCCUCAAUAAGAUCGCCAUCGAGCGCGGUGACCAGCUGGAGCCGCACCACGAUCCGAUCCACGACCAGAGCUGGUACCUGGACGGCCCGCUGCGCUGCCGCCUCUACGAGGAGUACGGCGUCGAGGGCUACCCGAUCGUGCAGUGCGCCGGCGACGCCGUCUUCAUUCCGGCCGGCGCGCCGCACCAGGUGCGCAACCUGCACUCGUGCAUCAAGGUGGCCGAGGACUUUGUGUCGCCCGAGAAUAUCGGCCACUGCUUCGACCUGACGCAGGAGUUCCGCUCGCUCUCCGAGACGCACUCCAACCACGAGGACAAGUUGCAAAUCAAGAACAUCAUCUACCACGCCAUGAAGGACGCCGUCUCGUGCCUGCUGGGUCGGCCGGCGGCGGCCGAGGCCGAGUAAAGCGCUCGGUCGAUCUCAGGCUGCGGUUCGGCCGGGGCGGGACCGAGACGCUCCGCCCCGGUCGGCGAGAACGAGAGGGAGACCCGGCCGCCGCCUGCCGCCGCCCCUGCCAGCUACACUGCCACGGACGUCCCGACGGCGAGCGCGCCGCCGCCCAGAGCCGGGCUGGGCGGAGGGAGCCGGUGCCGCCGGUGCAGCGCUGGCCGAGGCCGGGCAGAUCGCCGGCUCGGUGCAGGCUUGCUGUGACGCCCCGCUGUCGGCGCCGACUGGGCGAGCCUCCGCCCUCGCGCCGAGCCGGGCACGCUUGUCAGCACCAGCGCCUACUCGUCACAGCUAGUCGUGUGCGUCUUCUGAGUGAGCUGACAACGCCGGCAUGCCAGACUGGACGCACCAGCUGAGUGCGAACAGCGCGUCCUGCACCGGUGUAAGCUUUGGCACCCGUAUGGAAAAGUUUGUGUUUUUUUUCUCUUCGUUUGUAUCGUUUGUCUUUCAGUGCGCGUUUGUUGUAAAUUGAGGCGAGGAUUCGGUCCCGCCGUCCAGGACAUUUGAGCGCUCUUUUGUAGACAGAUUACCUCAGCCUCGGUAAAACUUGCUUUCCUUGUCAGCCGGCGGGCUCGCAUACUUCGCGUGCUGUGGGGCUCGCUAUCCGGAGAUAGUUCAAAAGCGUGUCCUAUAGCUUUUCACGCCUGCUUAUGGCUAGUUUGUACUUGCUUAUGAAGCCUAUAAUGGACGGGUAGCCCACGGCUCCUGUAGUAUCACCGGGUCGCCCACAGUUACCUUUCAAUAUAAAACUGCCGAUG